AUGUCGUCCAGCACAUCCACGCAAAGCGCCGCGCCGGCCAUGCGGUUCGCCCAGUUCAAGCUCGUUUUGCUAGUACACCGAUUCGUGAAGGACUCGUUCACCGACAUGCGCGAGUCCACCAUCGGAGCCGCGUUUCUUACACAAACGAUCCAGAUCGACCCAGCAACCACAGUCAAGUUCGAGAUCUGGGACACUGCCGGACAGGAAAGAUACAGGUCGCUCGCGUCGAUGUACUACAGAAACGCACAGGCCGCACUGGUGGUGUUCGACAUCACACAGGAGUCGUCGCUCGACAAGGCCAAGUACUGGGUCAAGGAGCUGCAGAAACAGGCCAGCUCCAACAUCGUGAUUGCGCUUGUUGGCAACAAGCUGGACCUGGAACAGGACAGGAAAAUCAGCAGAGACGAGGCCCAAUCGUUUGCAAACGAGCUCGGGCUCAUACUGGACGACCUGAUCAUUGAGGAGAACCCACUUAUGCAGACCGUUUUGUCCAGAUUGCCAGCCGAGGAGUCGUAUGCCAGAAACUUCAGAAUCAUCACUGCUCAUCAGCUCACCUUGUCCGCCAAGGUGUUGCCUCCUUCCAAGGUGUUGAAGCCAGAGGAGGACAUCCGGUACCUGCUCCCAUACAUCCUCGAGGCCGAAGCUGAGGCUGCCGAGAAGGAGGAGUUGAACAACAUCGCCAAGGCUUGA